AUGACGGAUGCCUUCCCCGCCGCCCUGACAGGGCCAACCUCCAAGGAGCGCAAAUAUGAUCGCCAGCUCCGGCUCUGGGCAGCAACUGGCCAGCAAGCACUCGAGGAUUCUCAUGUUCUCUUAGUGAAUUCUGAUGGGCCUCUUGGCCAAUACAACACCGGCGUCUCCGGCGUUGCAGGCGUUGAAACCCUCAAGAAUCUUGUACUGCCAGGAAUUGGUGGUUUCACUAUCGUCGACCCAGCAAUAGUUACCGAGUCCGAUCUAGGCGUGAACUUCUUCCUGGAGGAAGAGUCACUGGGCAAGUCCCGUGCCGAGGAAACCUGCCGACUGCUGAAAGAAUUAAAUCCAGAUGUGCAAGGACAUUACUAUCUCAAGCGCGUUGGGGAGCUUCUCAAAGAUCCUGAAUUCUUACCCCAGUACAAACUGGUGAUUAUUUCGGGUCCAAUGAGACGCUCGACAUUGGUACCUCUGAUUCAGGAAGCAAAGCAACUGGGUAUUCCACUACUGUACCUGCACUCGGUCGGAUUUUUCUCCGUUUUCUCCGUGCAAUUGCCGGCUGAAUUCCCCAUUGUUGAGACACAUCCGGACCCGGAAUCAACCCAGGACCUCCGUCUGCUUAAUCCCUGGCCUGAGCUUGUCGCCGCAGCGGCCAAGUUGGACAAUCUGGAUACCCUGGAUGACCAUCAACAUGGCCAUGUGCCCUAUAUACUGCUCCUGCUUCACUUCCUAGAGCAAUGGAAACAGUCUCACGAAGGCAACACACCAAGUAACUACAAAGAGAAAACCGAGUUUAGGGAGUUUGUGCGGUCUCAGACACGCACCUCUAACCCAGAGGGCGGGGAAGAGAAUUUCGAUGAAGCAGUAGCUGCUGUACUGAAGACAGUCUCACCAUUCAGCCUACGCAGCACGAUCCGCGAGAUCUUCGAGAUGAAGGAGUGUCAACAGCUGUCCGCAACAUCCCAAGAUUUCUGGUUUAUAGCCUCAGCCAUCAAAACCUUCCACGCAUCUCACGGCGUCCUCCCCCUCCCAGGCUCCCUACCAGACAUGAAAGCCCAGUCAGCAGACUACGUGUCACUACAGAAUAUCUACAAGGCGAAAGCGCGACAAGAUAUCGAAGAAGUGACAGCAACAGUACGCCAGCUCGAAUCCCAACUCAAUCGCCAAGCCCCCGCAAUCCCAGACCGAGAAAUCGAAGUAUUCUGCAAGAACGCCGCACACAUCAAAGUCGUGCUCGGCCGCGACAUCCCGCAGAUAAGCAUCGAUAGCGACGCAUCAACACUGAAGACCGUCCGCAACGCGCUAAGUGACCCGGACACCCUGAUCCCCAUAUUCAUUGCGAUGCAGGUCCUGGACUCGGUCGUGGACGAGAUUCAGUCGAGCAGCCGUGAAGAGGAACGCUCUGUUGACGAUGACGCGCUGUGGAAUAGUCAUACGGAACGCAUCUUGGCUCUGCUAACUGCGGCGGAUGGAUCAGCUGUCUCUCAAGAGGCGCGCACGCAGAUUGCCAGUGCGAUUAAAGAACUGCGUCGGGCGGAGGGCGGCGAGUUGCAUAAUAUCUCUUCGUUGACCGGCGGCUUGGUCGCGCAAGAGGCACUGAAGGUUAUUACGAGGCAGUAUGGCCCGCUUGAUAAUACUUGUGUCUUUGAUGGGGCUCGGAGUAAGAGCGAGAUGUAUCGGCUCUAA